GUGUUUCAACUGGUACAACAAAAACUUCAAAAAGUCUUAAAGCAGGUAUAUUCAUCAUUUUACGAUUAACUUUUCCCGUUGGGCGUAUAGGAAGACUUCUCAGAAAAGGUCGUUAUGCAGAUCGUGUUGGAGCAGGCGCACCAAUUUAUUUGGCUGCUGUCAUAGAAUAUCUAACAGCCGAAGUCCUCGAAUUGGCAGGUAAUGCAGCACGUGAUAACAAAAAACAAAGAAUCAUCCCACGGCAUCUACAACUUGCUAUACGAAAUGACGAAGAAUUAAACAUAUUGUUGAGGCAUGUCCAUAUUUCCGAAGGCGGUGUUUUACCCAACAUUCACGUCGAAUUACUUCCUAAAAAGAAAGGUGAAAAGACAACCAGUAAAUCUGGAACAACAACCGCAUCUCCAAAGAAACCUACCAAGGGCGCUAAAACUCCAUCAAAAUCAACUGCUUGA